AUAUUAAUCUAUUUAUCGGUAACAGACAAUCUAUACGGAGUAUUCCAUACUUCACUUCUGAUACUGGCUGGAUCACAUAUUUAUGCACAUACAAUAAACUUUCAUAAGUGACUAAUCUAUACACACUAACCCAAUGGGGAAAACACAGACAGUGCCGGAGAUACCUAGGCUCUCAACACUCAACAACAUUAUCCACCUUAGAACUACAUAAACAAUCCAUCAAUUGACCACCACCAUCACCACCAACCAACCUACACCAACAACCCACCCUUCCCUCAAACGAUCAAAGUCACAACAACACCAACAACACCAACAACCAAGAAAUAAAGCAAGAAAAAAAGCAUAAAAAAUGCCCCCCAAAACAAAAGGCCCAACCGGCCUCACCCGCCUCUACCUCCUCGCCUACAACGCCCUCUCCUUCACCCUCUGGGCAACCUGUCUCCUCCGCGGCGCUCAAGCCCUCUUCGCCACCGCAUCCCCCACAGAUGCCUUCACUGCACUCUACUCCCCCCUCCUGACAACCACGCAAUCCCUCGCCGCGCUCGAAAUCCUCCACAGCCUCACAGGCCUCGUGCGCGCCCCGGUCGCCACAACCGCCAUGCAGGUCUCGUCGCGGCUGCUGCUCAUCUGGGGGAUCAUGUAUCCGUUCCGCGCGGGUGGCCCCGCUGCCGUCGGUGAAGGCAUCGUGGGCGGGAACAGCGUGCAAAUGGGCGAUUAUGCCUUCCUGGGCUGUCUGGCUGCGUGGGGUACCACCGAGUGUAUUCGGUAUGGCUUUUUCGUGCUCUCGCUUUCGGGGGUGGGUGUUCCUGGUUUUUGGACUUGGCUGAGAUACAAUACGUUCUACGUGCUUUACCCCCUCGGCAUCAGCAGCGAGUGCACGCUUGUGGUGAAGGCGCUGGAGCCGGCGGGGGAGUGGAACCCGCUGCUUUGGUGGGCGUUUGUGGUUGUGUUGGGCAUUUAUGUUCCUGGUUCCUACAUUCUCUAUACGCAUAUGAUGGCGCAGAGACGGAAGGUUAUGCAGAAGAAGGAUUAAGGGUUGGAUCCUUGGAUUACAUGGGUGGAUGGGUUGGGCUGGGUUGAUUGUUUAGGUGGAUGAGGGUGGUCUAUGUAUUAUAUGGGUUGAGAUUGUGGUAUGGUUGGGCUGGUAUGCGCUUUAUGAUCAGAGGCAUGGAGCUUGUAAUUUUGGGUGAUUUACGGAAUAUAUGGUGGUAAUAUCGCGUGUACUAGUACUAGUACAUAUCUAGUCUAUGAAAGCCCUCGAAGAACUUUU